AUGUCGAUGCUGCAGGGGCCUCCGGGCGUCCCUGGUGACUUCUAUCCCCCGAUCGACAGAGCCGAUGCCCUGCAUGCGGCUGUGCUUCUGGUGCUGCUACCAGGCUCACUGGGAGUUACCCUUGCAGCUGGCCUCCGCUUCUGCUCUGGGCAAGACGAGUCGAACAAAAGGGAUUUCGGCAGGUUGCUGUGCGCCUACGGCACGUUGCUGGCAGGGGCCAUGCUGCAACCGGUGGUGUGGGCUGUGGCCCUUUACCUGCCCACCCCCUGGACAAACGGCCUGGCUGUAGGGCUGCAAGCAGCUAACGUCACGUUUGUGGUCUUUGUACCCCCUUACUUCUUCUACGUCUUCCUCCAGGUGUGUCUUGUUCGCGGACACACUGCAGAGCCCUGGUUCGCACGAGUUCUGCGGGCGGUUUGUGCUUUGAGUGCUGCGCUUCUCUUACUUUUCGUAACCUUAGCAGCACUUUGCGGAGCUGCUCCCGGCCUCACUUGGUCAGUUCUCUGCUCGGGGGACUUGGAUUUCCUUCUGGAGCAGUUGCGGCGACACACCGGCGCCACGGAGAACGAGCUCUGUGCGCGGCACUUUGCCAACCGCAGCAUUUUGGAGUGCGAGAGCAUCUCCAGAAGUGACGUCGUCACCGAAGAGACCGGGCCGGCUUGCUUCGCAUGGUGUCGCGUGGCCGACUGCUUCCUUCCCAUGUUUCCUUUUCUACCGGGAUAUUGCCUCAAGUCCGAGAUCUGGCAAGCCGUUCAGGUCGGUGGACCUGGCUGGCUGCUGCCGUCCCUUGCGGCCUUCGCCUAUGGCUGCAUCGGCUGGUACCGGCUCUUUUCCGCCUGGCAGGGUUUCCCCAAAACGCCGAAGAACGGCUACAAGGCAGCUUCUGGGAGCGACGGCAAGGAGGUCGCGCUCUGCUCCGGGCCGAGGGCAGGAGGCUUCUGCCCAGAGGGACCCUACCACGCCCCGGACUUCCCCGAUCUUUUGGAGAUGCUCUGCAAGAGUCUAAGCGAGAACGACUUGCAAGCCGAGCGCUGGAGUAUGAAGCUUGCUCUGGCUGUGGCCAGCCUUGAUCCGGCCAUGGACAUCUACUCGGCCCUCAGCCUCUAUGCAAGGGGCCAGCCCUACUACGGCUCUGCGCUGCUCCUCGCCGCCUUGUUGCCAAACCUGGCCGACAUCUUUCAAGCCCGGCACGGAGAGGAGAUGGUGGCGUCGCUCCGGCGGGGCUUUGCCACAAUGGAUCUUCUGAAGCACCAGGCCCGGGAGGGAUACUGGGAGGGCACGGUCUCCGCUCUGGUGGCGAUCUGCGCCUUGAUGUAUACGCCGACGCUGACUUCGCUGGACCUCUUCUCCCUAAGCUUCAACGUCCUCAGCUCCGUGGUGCUGAGCAUUCCGAACGGCCUGAAGGCCGAAGCCUUGUUGGAGCUGGGCGAAGAGGCCGGGUACUACGAGAGGGUGCGGCGGAAGCGCGCCAUGGACGCCUACGAGAAGUGGGGUCGGAGCCUUCAGGUUCUGAUCUUCGGGCCCUUGAUCGCGGCUUGCGUGGCCCUCCGUGGGCAGCUCUUCCCACCCACGGAUGAAUCGGAGCAUGGGCUCUGCUUCUUGGCUGCUUGCGCUCUCCUCUUCUGCCUCUUUGCCGAGGGAGCCGGGCACCGGGCAACGGAUGGCCUGAAGCUCUUGAGCUGCCUCUGUGCGCUGGGCUUUUGGGCCCUUUUCUGGCAGGAGUUCGAAGGAGAGGCGGUCGCCAAGCUACGACUUCUGAUGGGCUGCUUGUUGGCGAACGUUGCCGCUGUGGCCUUCGGAGCUCUUUGUUUCAGGCACCGUCGCCGCAAUUCCGAGGACGAGGAUGAUGAUGAGCCUUCUGAGUGCAGCCCUUCGGGUGCAGCCGACAGCAGCACCGAGUGA